AUCUCGAAGUCUACAUCAGUGGCUCCUAUAUAGAUAUAAAUUCUGUAUCUAUUAUCCAUAUCUAUUAUCUUUCAAGUGUUUGAAUCAAGAAACUUGUUUGAGCGAAAACCAUUGCAACUUUUCAAGAUCGCUGACAUAUAGAUACACAUUAUAUAUAUAUAUAGGCUCUGUAUCUAUUAUCUAUAUAUCUAUAAUCUUUCAAGGGUUUCGGUCAAGAAACUUAUUUGAGUAAAAAAAGAUUGAAACUUUAUUGAGUUUUAGGAUUGGGGAUUGAGUUUUAUGGCACCUGGUGUUCAAGUAGAUUUUGUUGGACAACAAGUUUUUAAUAAUAAGAGUUUAACUGGAAUGAUGAGUAAAACUAGGAAGGUUUCGAAAUGUGUUUCGAAUGGGUUUGUUCGGGAUUAUCGACAUGUUGUUGAGACUACAGGGGAGUCUAGUUCGAGUAGGGUAGAUACUGAGAUGACUGUUUCGCGGGAUUCUUGUGUGAGUAGACGGAAUUCUGGUAAUAAUGUGAGUGUUGGUGAGUCUAGUAAAUGGUUUGGGGUUCCGUUUGAGGUUCUGUCUUUGUCGAAGUUGUCGCGUAUUGAGAGGAAAGAAUUGGGGAAGAGAUUGAGACAUGAGCUUGAGUUGGUGAAAUCACUUCAGAGCAACAUUGAACAGGCUUUGUCGUCUUUGAGUGAUGUUAAUAGUCAUAGUGUUAGUCAAAGGAAACCCGUGCCUGAGGUUGAUAGGAUAGUGCCGGCACCUCCUUACCAAGGUAAGAAACGAGGUCCCCCAUUUAAGAACAGGACUGGGAAUGGCGGGCCGCGGUCAAAGAAGGCUGCAUUGCCGCCACCUGUUACCGGGAUUCCAAUGUUGAUGAAACAGUGUGAGAUGUUGCUGAAGAAGUUGAUGGCACAUGAUUUUGGUUGGGCGUUCAAUACGCCUGUUGAUGCAGUGGCGUGGAACGUUCCUGAUUAUUACACAGUCAUUCAACAUCCCAUGGAUUUGGGGACAGUAAAAACAAAGCUAAAUUCUGGGAAUUAUGCGGAUCCAUUGGCUUUUGCAAGUGAUGUUAGAUUGACUUUUAAGAAUGCAAUGAAAUAUAACCCGCCUGGAAAUAGAUUUCAUACAAUGGCUGACAAGAUGAACAAGUUUUUUGAACCCAAAUGGAAAGCAAUCGAGAAGCAAAUAUCUGUUGCCACAGAGAUGGUCGUUCCUGUGAGACAGACUGUUACAGAAACUGAAACCAUUACUGACAUGCCUCCUUUUAAAAAGAAGAAAACUGCAUCAUUUGGGAAUGAAAUUAAGCAAGAACCAGUGAAGCCGAGUAUGUCUCUUUCUGAAAAACAGAAACUGAGUUCUGAAUUGGAGGACUCGCUAGCGGAUUUACCUGAAAGCAUUAUUGAUUUUCUGAAGGAUAAUAGUUCAAAUGGGAACACAUCAAUGGAGGAUGAGAUUGAGAUUGAUAUCGACUCUCUCAGUGAUGAUACAUUAUUCAAGUUGAGAAAGCUAUUAGAUGACUUUUUUGCGGACAAACAGAAAAAGAUAGAGAAAGCAAAGACUUGUGAAAUUGAGCGUCUCAAUGAAUCGGGACUCAGCAAUUCAUCCAUGCAAGCGUGCAAAGUUAAUGAUGUGAAUGAGGAGGAUAUAGAUAUUGGUGGUAACGACCUACCCAUCUCAAGCUUCCCUCCAGUUGAAAUAGAGAAAGAUGCGCCUGUCAGAACCAGUAAAUGCAGUAGUUCAAGUAGCUCCAGUAGUGAUUCUGGAUCGUCUAGUGAUUCAGAUUCAGACAGUUCUUCUGGCAGUGAAUUAAAUGGUGCAAAGGUUUCGGCCGUUGUGAACAACAUCAUGGACACAUUGGGCUCUGAAGCUAACACAGAGAAAGUAACAUCUGCUCCCCGUGAUGCAGAAGAUUCUGUAAAUGGGGCAACUGGUCAAGUUGAGCAGAAAUCUCAGUCGAUACCUGUUUCCGCUGAUGUGGAUGUGCGCCCGGAGGGGGAGAGUGCUCCAUCCGAGAGGCAAGUCUCUCCUGAUAAACUCUAUCGUGCAGCCAUGAUGAGAAGUCGUUUUGCUGAUACAAUACUUAAAGCUCAAGAAAAGACUAAUGGAAAGGUUCAGGAGGAGGACAGGGAGAGGUUGAGGCUUGAGAAGGAGGAGCUAGAAAAGAGAAGAAAAGAAGAAAAAGCCCGGCUGCAAGCAGAAGCAAAAGCUGCAGAAGAGGCAAAACGAAAAGCAGAUCUAGAAGCAGCUGCCGAAGUUAAAAGAAAAAGGGAAUUGGAGAGGGAAGCAGCACGUCAAGCUAUACAAAAGGUGGAAAAGAAUGUUGAUAUAAAUGACAAUUCUCAAUUUCUUGAGGAUCUUGAAAUGUUAAGUAUUGCGGCGGUGGAGCCUUCACAAAACUCUGUAGACGAAGAUAGGGCAGAUUGUUGUGAAGAUCCUCUAGGGAGCUUUACCUUGAAAGGAAUAGGUAAUCCAUUGGAGCAACUCGGGUUAUACAUGAAAAAUGAUGUUGAAGAAGAUGAAGAAGAAUAAGUUGGGAAAUUGAUUUUUUUUUUUUUCAAUUUUUUUUUCUAUGCUUGAUAAGAACACAGCUGAAAAUGAAAAAAGAUAGAUGUUAGGCUGAGAAUCUUUUAGUCUUGAGAUGCGAAUGAAUGUGCAUCUUCUACAAUUUUGGAAGGAAAAUUUUGGCAUGGAAAAUGAGAGCUGUUUUACUUUCUUUUUUUUUUGAUAUUUUUUUAUAGCUACAUUUAUUAUUAUUGUGUAAAGAAACUUAAAGGAAUUGUUUACUUGAU